GCUUACUAAACUGGUCAAAGGUUCUCGGAUGAUGUGGGCGACGCCUGUAUUGUUGAAAUUGGUGAAUAUUGGGGAUAAUCUUAUUUGAGUAUUUGCUCUAUUUUGGUGGAUUAUUAAUACAUUUUUGGAUUAUUAAAACCGCUGCCUUGUACCUUAAAACAUAAACUAUUACAAAAUGAGGGAUAGAUUAGGAUCACUGAAAAGGACUGAUGAUGAUGAAGAAGAUGGGCUUGGUCCGGAUGAUGUUGCUGUCAAUAUGGACACUAUGGACAAAUUCUUCGAUAAGGUGGAAGAGAUACGAGAGAACAUUGACCGUAUAGCAGAUAAUGUUGAUGAGGUCAAACGAAAACAUAGUGAUAUACUAUCAGCUCCACAGCCAGAUGAAAUGGUCAAGGAAGAAAUGGAAGAUUUGAUGGCAGACAUUAAAACUAGUGCCAAUAAAGUGAGACAUGAACUCAAAAUUAUGGAGCAAAGUAUAGAAAAGGAGGACAAAAAGACUUCAGCAGAUUUCAGAAUUCAAAAAACACAGCACACAACCUUGUCGAGGAAGUUUGUCGAAGUGAUGACUGAUUACAAUAGUACACAGACGGACUACAGGGAAAGGUGUAAAGGAAGAAUCCAGAGACAGUUAGAAAUAACUGGAAAGCAGACCACAGAUGAUGAGUUGGAGGACAUGUUGGAAACUGGCAACCCAGCAAUAUUCACAUCAGGAAUCAUCAUGGACACUCAGCAGGCGAAGCAGACAUUACAAGACAUCGAGGCGAGGCACAAUGACAUCAUCAAGCUGGAGAAGAGUAUAACUGAACUGCACGAUAUGUUUAUGGACAUGGCAACACUCCUGGAAACUCAGGGUGAAAUGAUAGAUUUAAUUGAAUUUAACGUAGAACAAUCAGUCAACUAUGUAGAAACGGCCGUGGCUGACACUAAGAAAGCGGUCAAGUACCAGAGUAAAGCUCGAAAGAAAAAAAUUAUGAUAAUUAUGUGCUGUGCUGUCUUGUUCGUUGUCAUAGCGGUACUUGUAAUAACUUUAGUUUAAUAUAUAUAUAUAUGUAUAUAUAUAUAUACACAUAUUUAUAUAUAUAUAUAUUUAUAUAUAUGUAUACAUAUAUAUUAUGUAUAUUAUAUAUAUGUAUAUCAUAGAUAUUAUUCCCAGCUUGCUUGUAUUCCUGUAUGAGAAGUUCUUGAAAAACAUUUGAAUGUUCAUUGAAGAGUAUAAUAUUUCUGUGAUUUUGAGUAUUUUGUUCUUUGAAAGUAAAGACGUCGGAAGAACCUUCUCUGUUACGUUUUUAUAUCUUUACAGAAAAAAAUUAUGAUGAUUCUGGCUUGUGUGGCAUUGAUUGGUAUCGUUGGAGUUAUCAUUAUGUCAAAGGUCACAUAAGGAUAUCAGAUUUUAAUAGAAGGUUGUGAGUAGAAAGAUGAUACAAAUUUAUAGUAAGAUGGCUUGAAGGAUGAGAAUAGUACAGAUUAAAGAAUCAGUCAGUAAUAACGAUUCUGUGACAUGUAACUUGAGCUAAAAUUAUUAUUUUUUUUUUUUAUUUAGUACCGUUUGUUUUUUUAAAUAAGUUUUGAUUCUGUAAUGUUUUGAAAGGGUUUUUUCACAUUUUAAAAAAGAAAUCUUUAAUUUUAUUUGUUGAUUAUACAUUUUUGUUUCCUUUGAAUAUUUUUGAACAGAAAAGAACUAUCUCGGUAAGGUUGUUGGAGUAUUUGUUGAAUUAGUUCUUAUGAUGCUAUUAAGUGAAAAAAAAAAUAUUUUUAAAAAGAUAAUGUUCAAUUGAUUCAGUCUCGAAUUGCACAUGUAAAGGAAGAUUUAAACUUUGACCAUCAACUUUCUUAAAAGUUUUGAUUAUUGCCAAUUUGGCUGUCCAUAGCUAGCUUAAUGGAUUAACAACUUUUGUCAGUGGUGAAUGUUGGCUGCUCAUACAUGGCUGUUAUUUCAUAGUCCAGUGAGAAAGCUGUAUAUAUAAAAUGCAAUGCUGAAAAGAAAUGAAAAAAGAUACAGUGGUAAAAUGUUGAACAAAGUAUUGUUAAUUUGUAUUUAUAUUAUGUCUAUAGAUUUAAACUCUGCUACUGUCAUUCUCUGAUUUAAUUUUUAGCACAAACUAUGCAGUACUGUAAAAUGUUUAGUAGUAGUAGAUGUUUUUCAGCCUUGGUCUAGUCUUAUAAGUAUUUACCAUAUUUCUAAGGUUGCUAUUAAAAAACUGUUGAACGAUAGAAAAUCCAAAUUUAAGAUCCCUUCCAAAAACACAUUAAUAUCGGUAUUUUUGAAUAUUAAGCUAUCGUAUUAUUAUUAAUCUGUAUACUGGUUUACAUGCCUCAAUGGUUUGAGAAUUUGACAUUUCCAGUAGUGUUGUAAGAUUUGUUAUAUUUGUUUGAAAGAGUACUUAACAUGUUCUGCCAUUUUCAAGACAGUGCUUACAGCAGUUUUAAUAUUUGAGUGCUUGUCUUUAGAUUUACAACUAAUUCAAUUUUAACUUUUAUGAUACGUAACUUGCUUAAAUUCCUAAAAAGUUGUCUUUCGAGAUACAGCUUUUCCAGUGACACAUGUACUACCCUUUUAAAAUUUAUCGUUUUUGGUUUAAAAUGGAAAGUAAGUAAACAAGAAGUAUGUAUAUUGAUUGAAGGUCAUAUCAUUUCUUCAUUUGGUAGUUCUAGCAUUAAUAAUAGUGAAUCUAGAAAAGCUUAUAAAUAAAGAAAAAUAAUUGAUAGUGAAACAUUUAUGUACAUUUAAUCUAAUAUAAGUAACCUUCAAAAGUUCCCUUAAAGUAUAGAAAAGAAACAAUAACAUGGUUGAACAUAUCAAAUUGUAUUUAUAUUGUAGUUAAGAUUAAAUAGUAACCUGUUCAUUGUAUAUACUCAUUCAUUAUUUGUGACAUUUGUGUCAAAUGAUGUUACAGCGUUGUUACUACAUCAAUAGCUUGAAAUGUAGGUUAUUAUUAAGAGAAGAAAUGUUGUUUCCCUCAAUAUAACUAGAUGUUUUCUGUAAACAGAGAGGAAAAAUAUGCGGUCUAUAAGGCAUUAUGGAUAUAUUAUUCAGCAUGCCUUUAUUAUGAAUAUUCAUUAAAAGGUCAUGUUAUAGUUAAGGCUAGGUCGUCUGCAUUUACUUUUAGGAUGAAUUUACUUAUAGCAAACAGUUGUACAAAUUUUAUUAUUAUAUAGUUGUUUGUUUAAGCUUGUUGAGUAGCAUUAAAAUAUUCCUUGGACCAAAUGACAGUCUUGCCACAUCCCAUGUGGGAACAAAUCAUAAUUUUGUUGUUGAAUUAAAUCAAACCAGAAGCUCUACCAUCAUUUAGGAACAACUUCCUUAAAAUAAAAUUAUAAUUAAUUAGAUAAUUAUUAAUUGAAUAAUAUUAAAAAUGAUUUAUAAUGUUUUCCUUUUAUGAGAAUUUGAUAAGUUUGACAAAUUUGACAAAUGACAACAAAUCAAACCAGAAGCUCUACUGUAAGAACAACUUAAAUUUCCUUAAAAUCUAGUGUACAAAUAUUUCAAGUUUAAUUUAAUUAGUUAUAUUAUAAUUAUUUGAAUAAUAUUAAAAUGAUGGAUAAUCACAGUUACAUAUACAGGUGGAUUGAUAUAUUUGCUGACAUUACCGGAGGCCUUCUGAUGAACUUCAUUAGCCUUAAAUAGUGUGCACCAUUUUUCCCUGGUGGCAUCUUCUGUUUCAUGAAGCAAUAUAAAACAUUUUAGAUGGAUUUAUCGUAUAAAGUACUUUUAAGAUUUGAAAGAAUCCAAAUGAUCUAUGUCUGGAGAUUAUUUGGUGAAAAAAUCGUAAUUCACUAUUGUAAUUACCAGAUACUUUCUUUGUUAUUUUGGCAAAUAAAAUACAUACAUGUAUGAGUCAUUGAUGCAUUACAAAUUGCAGAGUAAGGCCACAGAUUGUCAUCAGAUUUUGAUGAAAAUGUUCAUUUUUUGUAACCGAUUGUUACAAGCUGAUUUUCAGACCAUUGUGGAUAUUUUUGUGCAGAGUGUAGGUAUGCAGGUACUCUUUGUGUAUAUUCUACAAAUGAUAUGAUAAUGAUAAGCUCGGCCCGAUAGUUAUUGCAAAGUAAAUGAAGAACAAAUGCGUAACUGAUGAAGCCUAAAACACUUGAAAGUUAAUAAAUGUAUGUGUAGGUUAUUAUUAGUGCUAAGCUAAUUGAAGCUGCUCUGUUCCGGUAUGAAAUAAUAUAUGUUGACAUAUUUAGUGAAAAUGCUUCAUUUGUAUUAGGUUACCUUAUUUACCUUAAAUACCUUAUUUAUCAUGUAAUUUACAUAUUUAAACAAGACAUGACAAUAUUCCAUCAUUUUCACAAAUUCUAUUUUUUAUCUAAACCGAUAAAAAUCGUUUAUUAAUCUGGAUCAUAUUUAUUUCCAAAAUGAACACAUUCCUAAACAGUUGUGUGCAAUAUGUUAAUAUUUUUAACACACUUAAACAUUCUUGACUUUAAUAUUUGGUAUCAUAUUGUGAGAUUAAAGAAUCUGUUUUAACAAUGAAAUAUACCCCGAAAGCCAAUAGGGUUUCUGUUUUUUUGGUUUUUUUUAACAAAUGAUGUAUACCAUAUUAUCUUUAGUGUACAUCAAACAUUAAUUGAUAGAUAUAUUGUACUUAAAAUUCAAGCUAUUCAAAUCAUUGAUCUAACAGUCUACAGAAUACUGUAACAUCAUUUGUGGCAAAGACAAGCCAAACCAGUCACUGGUCGCAAAAAUCAAUUUUUAAUUAUUAUACAUGGUUAAACAGUAAAGUGAGAGCUAUAAAAUGGUAAAAGAAUCAUUUAAAUCCGUUAAUUCCUUAUAAGAUUACAAGCAUUCAAACAUAAAGCUGUUUAAAGAACAAUAUUUGAUAAAUCAGCCUUCAAAAUUUAUAAUUUUGGGCAUUUCUCAGGCAGAGACCAUCACCAAAAAUUGUUGUUUUAACAUUGAAAAUGAGGAAAAUAACAGCAUGGCAAGAUGUAUAGGUAUAAAGGUUAGUUUAGUGCAAUAAAAUAGAUUUAAAAAAUGUUGACAUUUCAGCAUGCUUUCGAUAUUAUCUCUAAACACAAAUUGUGACGAGUGACUGGUUUGGAUUGUCUUUGUCACAUUUCUGUACACGUACUUAGAAGAUCUCCCUUUCCGGUUUAAAUCUGUACCCUUUUAACUUAAGCCAGGCUGCAUCUGACAAGCGUUGGCCGACACAAUUCUAUGGAGGAAGCAGCCCCACAAUGCGUGUGCAACAGAUCGUUUUUAAUGACGACCUAUUCAGACUGCCACCGACAAUUAGCAGACUAACGCGCAGAGAGAGCGCAGUUGAUUCAUCGGCCGGCGGUCAUACGACUAUCGUACAACGCAAUGAGCACUCGGCUUUAUAGUACAACUUUGAUCAAGUCAUAAAUACCAAUGUUUUGUUUUAUAAAUACUUGUCAAAGCUUUAGAGGUAACGUAAUAGUAAUUUUUAAAAAUCUUAGUUGUGAAAAGUGUGAAUCUAUAACAUAUUGAAAUAAUGGCAUUACAGGUGUGUAACUGAUCAAAGAUACCAAUUUUGCAAAAGCUUUUUCGCAGGUGUUCCGUUUCUUGGUUUAUUUUUUCUGUAAGUGUAGAUUUAGCAGUAGUUGCCCUACUGUAGAUGUGUACAGUAGUUGAAUACUACUAUUGUUAUUAUUAUUACUAAAGUAGCAGAACAAUAUAACAAAAUAAACUGUAUGACAAUUAUCAGGUAGUUGAGAUAAUGGAAAAUAAAACCCUUGUCACAAAUAAGAAAAAA